CAGCGUCCUCAGGGUCUUGGUGUCGCGCCUUCGGGGUAUCAGCGAGAUACCAGGCGCAAAUCUGAGCUCGCCAUCACCCAAAGUCCACGGUUAUCAACGGAUGACCCCGAUCACUUCCGGAGCGGCUUCCUACGGCACAUCCGUGCCCCCGGGUGGGGCACAGAUUUUUUUCGACAUGGCGUAUAAAAAAGGGAACGGCUCGAGUGGCUGCGUAUCAUUGCAUUCGCGCCCGUUGUCGCGGGACUGUGGACUCGUACAGGUAUCCUAGAGGUACCCCGAGACCGGUACCGCGAUCCGACUCAGCCACGACCAUGCUGCGUCGGCUGCCAGCCACCCUCGCGUGGACGUUCCUCGCCUUGACGACGUUGACGUCGGCCUGGCCGGUCCUCCGUCGUCGCGACGUCUUCGACAACGCCGUGGACGGCCCCAACGGGCUGAUCGCUCACCUGCGGAACCUCGGCGGUUUGCUCUACGGGUUCCCGAGCAACGAAACCGGACUGAAGGUGGCACAGUGGCGCGAGGGCAUGGACGUGAACCCGGAGGAGCUGGGCGAAUACGCGGAGGGAGACAUCCUGUUUCCGCCGAGCAUCGGAAGGAACGGUCUCGCGGCGGUCUCCGCGCGGUGGCCCAACGGCGUUAUUCCCUUCGUGCUUAGCCCUUACUUCAACGCCCAGCAGCAGAGAGUUAUAUACGACGCGAUGGACGACUACCACAAGUACACGUGCAUCAGAUUUAAGCCGUACACAGGCGAGGAGAGCGAUUACGUCAGAAUCACGGCUGGUAACACCGGAUGCUGGAGCAGCGUGGGCAGGAUCGGCGGCCGGCAGGACAUAAACCUUCAGGUUCCCGGUUGCCUGACGCAGAAGGGCACGGUGAUACACGAGCUGAUGCACGCCGUCGGCUUUUUGCACGAGCACAGCAGAUACGAGCGGGACGAUUACGUGGACAUUCUGUGGGACAAUAUCUCACACGGUCACGCGCACAAUUUUAAUAAGGCUCCCCCGGAGAUCACCCACGCUUUCGGCGUCGGUUACGAUUACGGCAGCGUGAUGCACUACUCGUCCACGGCGUUCUCCAAGAAUUAUCAAUUAAAAACCAUCAUGCCCAAAAGACAGCUGGACGGCAGCAUUUUGGAUCUUAUUGGCGGAAUCUUUCAGGGUAACAACGAGGUGAAGCUCGGUCAGAGGGAGGGUUUCAGCAAGAAAGACAUUCUGAAAAUCAGGAGGAUGUACAGCUGUGGCAAGCGCGCGGGCAUAGGUUUCAUCGAGCAGUACUAAUGAAUAAACAUCGUCAGCAGUUCUCGAACGUGUUACUACACAAGAAAGAUGAAAUUCUUGAUUGGAGUUAAUUAAUAAGAAAUCAGAAAUAUCUAGUCUUAUGUGCGAAGCGUAUUGUGUCUCUUAAAAAAAAAACUGAUAUGCGAACAGCGAGUGUGUAGGUAUAUUAACAGUAUUAUUAUAUAUUAAUAUAAUCAUUAUCAUGUAUACUUUAAUGUUAUGCCUACCUUAUAAAGUUACAUAUUACAAUACACAAGUGCACCUUU